AUGCCGGGCGGCCGUGGCGGUGCCGGCGCCGGCGGGGGAGGGGGCGGGGGCGACAUCACGGUGCAUGUCGAAUAUCUGGCGCGCUCCCUCAUGCAGAAGCAAGCGGGCGCGGCGGCGGAGGAGCAGCACCGGGCGAUGGCGACCAGCCACCGGCUGUCCCGCGUCCCACUCCACCUCCGCAACAACAACGCCAACGACUACACGCCGGGAUUCGUCGCCAUCGGCCCGCUCCACAGCCGCGAGGACCGGCGCCUCCGCCCCGCCGAGCGGCUCAAGGUGGCAUACCUCAACAGCCUCAUCUCCCGCGGCCACCCCGACCCGUCGCAGCACCUCGCCGUCAUCCAGGCGUACAUCCGCGUCGUCGCUGCCCGCGAGCAGGAGGCCCGGGCGAUGUACGUCGGGGAAGAGGUCGUCGAGAUUGCCGCUGAUGAGUUCAUCCAGAUGAUGGUGCUCGACGGCUGCUUCAUCAUCGAGCACCUCAUCAACGUCGCCACGGGCCACGAGGAACCGUCGCUCCACGCCACGCCCUUCGGCCCCGCUCAGCUCUCCGUCGAUCUCGUCCUCGCCGAGAACCAGAUGCCAUUCUUCCUCCUCGUCGACCUCAUCACCUGCACCAAGCUGCCGGAGUUCGAGGCCACUGGCUACCCCGCGCCGGUGCUGCUCGUGAAGCUCGUGCUGUACUACCUCGCCGGCGAGAAGGGCCGCGACAUGAGCGAGGAGCUGCCGCCGGCCGAGCGGGUCUCUCACGUCCUGCACCUGCUCCACGAGAUGAUCACCGCGGCGCGGACCCGGUGGGAGCCGCCGCCGCGCGCCAUCCAGGACGGCGCGGUGAUAGAGACGGCACAGGAGGCGGGACGACUGCUGCGCCGCAUCCCGCUGCUGCUGUUCGUGCCGCUGCUGUACCCGAUCCUCCCCGAGGACAAGAAGUGGAGCGCGAGCUACGGGAAGGAAGACGUGCCGUCGGCGAGCGACCUGAAGCGGAUGGGCGUGCAGUUCAAGAAGGCACGCGCCGGCAGCGCGAGCAAGGCGUUGGCCGGCAUCGCGUCGGUGCUGGGGCCGGUGCCGCUCGCCGUGAAGCUGACGCAGCACGAGGACCGGCUCCACCUCCCCCAGCUCCGGAUCGAGUUCCGCACGGCGCCGCUGCUGCUGAACCUGAUGGCGUUCGAGCAGUCGUCGUCGGCGUCGACGAAGACGCCGACGGACGUGUCGGCGUACGUGUGCUUCAUGGCGAAGAUGGUGCAAUCGGCGGAGGACGCGGGGGUGCUGGCGGCGGCGGAGGUGGUGCAGCAGCACGGCGGCGCGGGCAACGAGACCAAGGAGGCGGUGGCGAGGUUUUUCCGGACGAUGGGCGCCGCGAGCGAGGCGGCGGCCGGCGGCGAGCUGCUGGUGACGAGCUACCUGUGCGUGCUGCUGGACAAGCUGCGGGAGCGGAGCCGCCACCCGCUGUACGUCAUGUGGGCCGACGUGCAGCGGAACUACUUCACGCUGCCGUGGGCCGUCGUCAUCGAGGUCGUCGCACUCGUCACCUUCGUCUCCACCAUAGUGCAGACCUACGCCUCCGUCAAGUACCACGGAUAGCUGAAAUGCACCGCACCGGAGACUGUCAAGUACCACAACUUUCAUAAUCUUUGGCAGACUGACUGUCUGGGCCUUGGGUUCUCGCACAUUGUAGCCCACGGGCCCAUGUCACUUGCGAGUGUAUAUACUUCGAGUCAUUUUUCAUAGUUUUAAAAAACAUCAUUUUUUAUUUGAAAAAAUUUAUCUAUAUAAAUAUAAGAAACUUGAGCUCGAUGAAUGAACUUUAAAAUUAUGUUUUUCUAA